AGGGGCACUCAAGGGAAACAGACCGUUGAAAUCCGGACGGUGAGUGGCCUGCACGUGACCCAUCGUGAUUGGGAAUGAAUGGGUGGAGAUCUUAACAUGACGGCAAAACGCUUAUCCACAAUACGUGCGUCACCUCCGGUGGGAUCUCCGAAAGCGUUCCGUGACACAAUUGUCUUGUAUUCUCGAAUUGACAAUAUCAAUUGACAUCUCAAGCCUGUGCUUUCGUUCUUUUGAAGCCACAUUUUAUUAUUACCCUUUUUAUGUUAUUGCAUUGCUUCAAUAUAGCAUACUUCUAGACUGCACAAUGGCCACAUCCAUCCUCCUCAUCAACGGUCCAAACCUCAACCUGCUCGGAACCCGCGAACCGGGCACAUACGGCAGCACCACACUCCCACAAGUUAUCGAAGCCGCAGAGAAACAAUGUUCUUCUAAAUCGAUAACAUUCGCCUCGUUACAAUCCAAUCACGAAGGUGUCAUCAUAGACCGCAUCCACGAGGCUCGAGGCAACGUUGACGCCAUUGUCAUCAACCCGGGCGCAUUUACACAUACAAGCGUGGCGAUUCGGGACGCAUUGCUGGGCGUCGAUAUCCCGUUUGUGGAGAUACACAUAAGCAAUGUACACAAAAGGGAGGCGUUUAGGCAUCACAGCUAUUUGAGCGAUAAAGCAGAGGCUGUAAUUUGCGGGUUGGGAGUGUAUGGCUAUGAGGCAGCCAUUGAAUACGCAUCGAGGCAUAUUAAGCCCAAGGAAAAGUCGCAAUCAUAAUGUAGUUCAAUCCAUUUCUGGCGAAACUGUUGCAGCCAGCCGUUUUUGAAAUUUGGUGUCCUGUCUAUAAGACGAAUUGGGUAUCUGAAAUUUUAGAAUGUACUGGCUCUCCCUAGCCCUAUUCCAU